UGUUGCACGUCAACCACCACGCCGCGGGCGUAGCUGUUGGCCGGGGUGGGACUAGGCAGAUGGUACCCUAUGAGGUAAGGAAACGAGACCCGGCCGCGAGUUGAGGAUAGGCUGUCUCUGCUAGGGGCGUGGCUUGUGGGUCUCCGCUUUCCCGCCGACGGUUGGUCACGUGACAUGGGCUGGAAGAUGGCGUCUCCCACGGACGGAACCGAUUUGGAAGCAUCUUUGCUAAGUUUUGAGAAACUUGACCGUGCCUCCCCAGAUCUUUGGCCGGAACAAUUACCAGGUGUUGCUGAAUUUGCAGCUUCUUUCAAAAGUCCUAUCACCAGCUCUCCACCUAAAUGGAUGGCCGAAAUAGAACGUGAUGACAUCGAUAUGUUGAAAGAACUGGGGAGCCUCACCACAGCUAAUCUGAUGGAGAAGGUACGGGGCCUACAGAACCUGGCCUAUCAGCUGGGGUUGGAUGAGUGCAAAGACAAGCCAUCUGAAGGAUUAAGUGCUUCUAUUCAGUGUCUAAAAAUAAUCUCAUUGGAAUCCUCCUUCAAUAAGGUGUUCUGCCUACAUGCACCUAGGUGCAUCACUCUUGCAUGCCUGGUGCCUGCAAAGGCUGCAAAAGGGAUCUGCUCUCUUGAAAGUGGAGCAGCAAAUGAUUGGGAGCCAUCUGGGGAGCUGGAAAUCAAAUCCAAGAAGAACAAGUGCUCUUAACCCCUGAGGCCUCUCUCCAGCCUUUGCUGUUUAUUUUAAUACAAAUAAAAUGUUAUUUGAAGUCUC